GAAUAAGCUGGUGAAGAAUCUAAUCCCAUCUUAGAAUCCAAUCCGUUAAAGCAGUUAGAGGCUUCUAUUAACUCUCGCUUAUCUAUAUCGCUCUAUCCAAAACUCAACACAAAAACACUUUCUUUCUUCUGCUUCCCUUCGCUGUCCGAAUCCUCCAUCAUGGCCCUCUCAACUCCACACAUGCAAAGAUUCCUCUCGUGCAAGAUCCACAGUCGCUCCACCUCUAAGACCACGCAGAGAAACACUUUCAGCACCACCAGCAGGGGCCGCUGCUGCUCUGCCAUAGCCAUUGAUGCUCCAUCUUCUUUAACUGAGGUGCCCGGUGUACGAUGGGGGUCCAUAGCCUUGCAAGGUCUCCGCGAAGAGAUGGAGGAUGACAUCAUUGUUCGACCCGAUGGCCUUCAGGGCUUCUCUUUCGCCGCUGUCUUCGAUGGCCAUGGAGGGUUUUCUUCUGUCGAGUUCCUCAGUGCUAACUACAGGGAUGAGCUGUACAAGGAGUGUGUUGAAGCUUUACAAGGUGGAUUACUAUUAGUGGAGAAAGAUUUCAAAGCCAUUAAAGGAGCAUUGCAGGAGGCAUUUCUCAAGGCAGACACGAGAUUAUUAAAACGGCUUGAAAUGAAUGGAGAGGAGGAUGAAUCAGGUGCCACAGCAACUGCCAUUUUCAUCGGAGAUGAUGAUCUUCUAAUUUCACAUAUCGGUGACUCUUCUGCGGUUCUAUGCAGAUCUGGAAAAGCAGAAGUUCUGACUAGUCCUCACCGUCCAUAUGGGAGCAACAAAACUUCUCUUGAUGAAAUUAGAAGAAUAAGAGAAGCAGGUGGAUGGAUUAGCAACGGUAGAAUUUGUGGAGACAUUGCUGUAUCUCGUGCAUUUGGGGACAUGCGAUUCAAAACGAAGAAGAAUGAGAUGCUGCAAAAAGGAGUUCAGGAAGGAAAAUGGUCAGCAAAGUUCAUCUCUCGUGUACAGCUCAACAAUGACUUGGUUGUAGCGUACCCUGAUAUUUAUCAGGUAGCUCUUGGCUCAGAUGCAGAAUUUGUAGUAUUAGCAACCGAUGGCUUAUGGGAUUACAUGAGCAGGUCUAUUACAUGAUUCCUUGAAUCAGUUGUG